CUGACCAGACAGAGGAAGAAGGCUUGAUGAGCAGUCUCAACAGCAGCACGACAAGACGACGAUGGCAUACAAACUAUCGCCGAUUCAUCAAUACUCAAGAGAGCUGACCAGCCAUCCAGCCCAUUCCACACCACGGUCAGAGGACUCAGACUCAGACUCAGAACAACCUCCACAAGCACCCCUGGUCAUCGCACCAGCCACAACGACGACUUGUACUACUCUCGAAGGAUCAUCUGAUAUUGAACUAGCUGCCAUUCUGGACAAGUCCUCUAACUUUAGGUUCUGUUUAUCGUUGUUUCUAUUUGGUCUAUUGAAUAAUGUCCUCUACGUCAUCAUCAUCUCCGCCGCAUUGGAUCUUGUCCCUUCAGAUGUACCCACCGGUGUCAUCCUCGUCGCAGAUAUCACACCAUCGCUGUUGGUCAAGAUUGGCUGGCCCUAUUUUGUCAAAGGCCAAAUCCGUUAUGCACGAAGAAUCCUGAGCUGUUCCGCCCUAAGCUUUGCGGGAAUGAUGGUGAUCGUGAUAUUCUCUUCAGUACCAUUGAGACUUUUUGGGAUCUUCCUGGCCAGUUUAUCCUCGGGCUUAGGCGAAAUGACUUUCUUACAACUCACAACGAGGUAUCAAGGCCAACCUGGCGUAAGCUGGUUUGCUUCAGGGACCGGCGCAGCGGGUGUAUUCGGCGCAGCUCUCUGGUGGCUCUUACGACAUUUGGGCGUCCAGAUCGGCCUUGGCUUGAGCUCAGUCUUACCAAUCUGUCUUUCGUUUACCUACUUUUUUCUCUUACCGCCUCCGAGUCUAUUGCCACCUGUGACGAUCGAGGCUCGCGGAGGGUAUGCGGUUGUACCCGAGACAGAUCAAACAGGACUGUCCACCGAGCUCCCCGCACUCUCAGUCAAGUCUCCUGAACUGACAUUCGCCGAGAAACUUCGACUCGCGAAGCCUUUAUUAAUUCCAUAUAUGCUUCCCCUCUUUGCGGUCUAUUUUGCUGAAUAUACGAUUAAUACUGGAAUCGCACCUACGCUCCUCUAUCCCCCUCCUCAACCUAACUCGCAUCCAGUCUUUUCUCUCGUCUUCAAAAACUUACGAGAUUAUUAUCCGUCCUUGGCAAUUAACUUACCAAGUUGA